AUGCCAACAACCAAAUCUGUCUUGCUAUCAGUUACCCCUAUUUGCGUUUACACCGCCAGCUUGGUGAGCUAUGCGUGUUUUGCAGAUAUAAAGGAAGUCAGCGUGUAUUGUACUUCUCACAACUCCUGCUGAUAUCCUCUCAUCUAAACACUCGUGCCAUAAUUUGCAAUGUCUGAACACCCCCGCACCGACUUGAACAAUCUUUUGCAGGCCAUUUAUGGUCCUGGGGCCCUUGACCAUGUCCGAUGGGAGGUCUUUUCGCAAGGCCCUCCCAGCUGUCUAACAUGGUUUGCAACCAUCUAUAUCGACGAUAUGAAUCACGGCUAUGCUCAAGCACGCACAAGAGGUGCUGCUCAGGACUCGGCUGCAUACCAGGCUUAUAAUCACUUAAGACGUGAAAGGCGUCGAUGAACUGCGGCGCCUUCAUACUGAUAUUACAUAUGACAUGCCUCCAUUUUCAUCAUGAAGGUCUUCCGAGUUCGACGUGUACAUAGUUUGAUACUCAUACUUUUCAACCAUCAUAUAGUCGUGAUAGCUAAAAGACUUUUUGGCCUGAACCCAGCUCUGGAUUCUCGUCUCUACGGUUUGCAGAUUUGCUCGUAUGAAUGUUCCGCAUAUUUCAUCCAGCAUGUCAAAUUGACGAGGCCAGGUUGAAUUCGCAAGCGCU